AUGUCACACAAGACGAGCAACUGCCGCGCCACCGAGCUGGAGUGUCCGCUCGCCUCACUGGGCCGCAACAGCAACGCAGUGCGGGAUCAGCUGACAGCGGCCCAUUACCAUCAUCCCCAUCCGCUUAGCUCGAGUCCACUGGACCCCCAAGCCUAUAAAAUGUCACGCAAAUCGCCAAAUUUGAGUCUCGUUGAUGCCAAUGAUGCCGUCGACGCCGGCAUGGAGCUCUACCCGCUGGCCUCGCGCAGCUCCUCGCCACACAGCGAUCGGGCGUCCAGUACUCCAGCCGCCGCAGCGGCGGCAGUGCUCCACAUGGUCCAACAAAAGGCAGCCACCUUUGAGUUGCGAGGGCGCCACACGCGACCCGAGCAGGCCAUCUAUGGUGCCCAUUCCACCGCCUCGGUAGGACGGCAGGCGAAGAAACCACCACCAGAGCAGCCCAAGCCAAUGACUCGCACCACAGGACACCCUGUGCCGCAUCCGCGAAACUUCCUCACUCUCGAACACGUCCUACAGUAUGGCGCCCAGCGUCCCAGCUGGGUGCCCGGCAAUACCGCCGACACCGAGGACUCGAGUGACAAUAAUGCCAGCGGCGGAGGCUGUGGCCUGAGGAGCACCGCGCGCAGACAUCAAGGAGGUCGCUGCAGUGUUCCGACGGUCCUAGGUAAUGGCAAUGGGGGCGGUAGUAGUGGGAAUGGUGCACAGUAUUUGCUAGACAAGAAAAUGGAGUCUCUUUAUCUGGGAAACGCAUUACGUGGUCUGCCACUGGGCGCCGAGGCGAGUCAGUACCAGAACGAGCGCUACUACUUAGAGGACUAUAGCAGCGGAAACGAACGCAUGCCAGAACGUCGUCAUCAUCCGCACAACUCGAGUCCCAGCGAAACGAGUGGAUCGGAUCGAUAUCUGCUCAAUCGGAGCACGAAUUCACGCUAUCACCACACCAAAGUGCAAAGCCUCUCCGACGGUCUGUGCAAUCUGGGUCGAUUCUCGCCCAGUCUGGAUCAGGGUUAUGCCACCUUGGUCUCGCCAUCACCCACCGGCCAUCAUUCCUCCAGCGCAGGCGCCACCUCCGCCAGCGCGCAGCCAACCACCUCUGUCUCGGCCACAACAAUAACCACACACGGUCUCGUCCAUCAUGUCCCGACCACACUGAAGGCCAAUGCCACCAGCACACCCGCAACCACACCCCGUCGCAGCGGCGGAGGUGGCGGCGCUACCAGCACCGCUAUUGGACCGCCACCCUGGAAUCGCAAAGGACCUCUGCGCUGUGGACCCUACUUCGAGCGUUUGUCGGACGACAGCAUUGUCCGCAUCUUCAGCUGGCUGGACAGCUGUGAACUCUGCACGGUGGCCCGUGUGUGUCGCCGCUUUGAGCAGCUGGCCUGGCGGCCCGUCCUCUGGAAAUGCAUCACCUUGCGAGGCGAUCACUUGAGUGGCGAUAAAACCCUGAAGAUGAUCUUCCGCCAGCUGUGCGGCCAAAGCUCUAAUGGAGCCUGUCCGGAAGUCCAGCGUGUAAUGCUCGCCGAUGGUUGUCGCAUCUCGGACAAGGGAUUGCAGCUGCUCUCCCGUCGCUGUCCAGAACUCACACAUCUGCAACUGCAGGCCUGUGUGGAGGUCAGCAAUCCGGCAUUGGUGGAGGCCCUGACGAAGUGCAGCAAUCUCCAGCAUUUGGAUGUGACGGGUUGCAAUCAAGUUACCUGCAUCAGUCCGAAUCCCAAUGUAGAGCCACCACGUCGCCUGCUGCUGCAAUAUCUGGAUCUGACCGAUUGUCUGGCCAUGAACGACAUGGGUCUGAAGAUUGUGGUCAAGAAUUGUCCACAGCUGGUGUAUCUAUAUCUGCGACGCUGCAUACAAAUUACAGAUGCGGGUCUGAAGUUUGUGCCCAGUUUCUGUGUUUCGCUGAAGGAGCUGAGCGUCUCGGACUGCGUAAAUAUUACGGAUUUCGGCCUAUAUGAGUUGGCCAAAUUGGGUGCCGCCUUGCGUUAUCUGUCGGUGGCGAAAUGUGAACGUGUUUCGGAUGCGGGUCUGAAGGUUAUAGCGCGUCGUUGCUACAAGCUGCGCUAUUUAAAUGCCCGCGGCUGUGAGGCGGUCAGCGAUGAUUCCAUCACAGUGCUGGCCCGCUCCUGUCCGCGCCUGCGCGCCCUCGACAUUGGCAAAUGCGAUGUGAGCGAUGCGGGCCUGCGAGCCCUAGCCGAAAGCUGUCCGAAUCUAAAGAAGCUGAGCCUGCGAAAUUGUGAUAUGAUUACGGAUCGGGGCGUGCAGUGUAUAGCCUAUUAUUGUCGGGGUCUGCAGCAGCUGAACAUACAGGACUGUCAGAUAUCCAUCGAGGGCUAUCGGGCAGUGAAGAAGUAUUGCAAACGUUGCAUCAUUGAGCACACAAAUCCGGGAUUUUGUUAAUGCGAUAUAACCAUACCGACCAUAACAAUGUCAAAGCAAAGAGGCAGGCCAUAUGAUAAAAUACAUAUAAACUGAUAUACGAGUAUGAAGCGGAUGUUCUA